AUGUCGUCACACGUUGAUGCUACCACACAGACGGACGCGCACUCUUUCACAAUUUCUCAGAUACUCAUAGAUGCAGCAGUGUCGACAGAGGAUCUGGGAGGAGAAGAUUGUGGAGUUAGUGAGCUUACCACAGGUCUCCAAGUCGACGAUGGAUGGAAGGCUCUUAAUGGCAUUCCUUGCGUUAUGGGUGGAUUGACAGUGCUUGUCGCAUCUGUUGGUGGCACCCUUCGUGGACAUGCCAAAAACAACUUUCCUUGGAAAACCCUACCUAAGGAACUAGCCCAGCUUGUAUUUUUCCUCGAAGGCUACCCCGACGAAACUAUUAUGCCCAGCGAGAUUCGACCUUCAGUCACUCGGUCCAAAGGCAUCCACAAUUUGACACGUGCCCACUGUGAAAAUCUUGUCAAUGCACUCAAGUCAGGCACCCUUACCAUCCAAGCCGUCACAAGCGACGCUGCUUGCACACGCCUCAUCAUGUCAAGAGACCCUAUCAUCAUUGGGGAGGCACCCAGACAUCGCUCAGUCCACUCCCACAGGCGAUGUGCGUUUGCUAACAGUGACUUUGACUGA